AUGGCAAUAAAAGCAGACAAUAAGAAGCUGCACAAAGCAUCAAAAAAGCAAUCUAAGAAGAAAGAGAAGGACUCAUUCACCAAAAAAGAGACAUAUAACCUGACUGUGCCAUCGUCUAUGUUCAUGACAACAAACGUGGGUACAACCAUACUAACGAAGCAGAGUACGGCGGCAAUAACGGAACGAAAGCUGCGUGGUCGUGUGUUUGAGGUGAAUCAGGGUGAAUUGCAGGGUGAUGGCACGUUCCGCAAGUACAAGUUCGUAUGUACUAAGCUGGUGGGCAGGGACCUGAAGGGCGUGUUCAACGGCAUGGAACUUACCACCGAUAAGCAGAAAGGGAUAGUACGAAAGUGGCACACGCUGAUUGAAGCUGUUUCGGACGUAACAACAAGCGAUGAUGUCAAGCUGCGUAUAUUUACCGUUGCGGUCACGAAAAAGUCUGCAGCAUUGACUAAAAAGCACUGCUAUGCGAAAAGCAGUCAGGUCAAGGAAAUACGCAAGGCAAUGUUUGAUGUCGUAAAGGAAGAGAUGGAUGGGCAGAGCGUGGUUGAGAUUGUCAAGAAGAUCGCAAGUGAUAAAAUUGAUAAAAGGAUAGAGGAGAUGGGCAGUUUGAUCUAUCCGCUGCAAAACUGCUUUGUUAGCAAGGUUAAGGUGCUGAAGAGGCCCAAGGAAGAGGAAUAAAGGAUCGUUAGUUAUAAA